AUGUCAGCUGUUGGACCUUCGACUUCUCGCCUCCCCGACUGCACAGUUAUAAAUUUAACCCAAGAGGUUAUUACUGACUCGGGUUCUGUUAUCACUCUCAAAAGACCCCGGAAGCAAUCUUUGACUACGACUGACGUAGAGGGAUGUCCGAAGCGGCUACGGAUAGAUUCUCAGUAUGCACCACGCUCAUUCUGGUAUGAAUGCUGUCCAGCCCUGAGGAGCGAGGAUUUUAAGGAGAGUGAGGAUUGUGACAGUAGGGGCUCUGACGACAGCGAGGAGUCUGACGGUAGGGAUUCUGAUGAAAGCGGGGAUUCUGAUAAAAGCGAGGAUUCUGAUGAGAGCGCGGAUUCUGAGGAUACUGAGGACAGCGAGUAUUCCGAGGACUGCGAAAAUUGCAGAGAAGCAUCACAAGGAUUGUCAUUUCCAUCUCUAGAUGUGACAGACUUAGCAGAGAAGAUUAUGGAAGAUGAGACAUCGACCUUCAGCUUCAAAUUGAAGCUGCCAGAGGAUACGGAGGAGAGCAUUUGUGAAUCCGCGAUGGAUAGAAGACAUACCAAAGCUGUCGCGAUGUUGUACGGCAGUACCCUGUGGAGUUUCAAGCGACUUAUGAUGGAGGCUCGUGAAAGUGUCGAUGACAUCGUUCAAAGGUUGUGA